AUGGAGGCUUUUGGCAAUCAAUUCUACAUCAGAGACGCUAAUCCAGAAGAUAACAAUGACAUUUAUGAGUUUUUUGCUACCGGUGGAAAUGUUUGUUACUUUGGCGAGACACGACGCAAGCUCAAAAAGCCAAAAAUAUAUUUCUCAAAGUACAUAACUCAUCGUAUUAUUGUAUAUCUCAGAGAGGAGCCCUGCACUAUAAUUGGUUAUGCAGAGAUCAGUAAUGCACCAUAUAGGCCAGCUCUUCCUGAGGAUUGUUGGGAGAACUGGCUAUCAAAGCACUAUUGCACCCAAUUGCCACUGAAUUCUGGAAAUACCAUGUUUCUCAAUACUUUUAUCUACAAUAAAAUCCACAAUCCGGCCUUGCUUCAGGAGGUAUUGGGAGAGAUAUUUUUACGAGAAAAUAAAAUUCGUUAUGUGAUUGUGGUUCAAUGUCCUGAUUAUGGAUUUCGUAAUGAAAAAAAACGUCCCGAUUUCUAUUGCGUGGAACAAUUUUGCUCUACUUUCUAUCCCCAUAGUUUCAGUGCUAGCUCAUGUCCAAAUUCUGAACAAAUUCAUGUCGUAUACCGAGACGAUGUUAUACCCAAAAUGCGUUAUCGUACUGCAAGAUUUGGUGAUAACGAUGCCAUUGUUGAAUUGGUGGAUCUUAAUCGACCGGAUGUCAAGCAAGAAUUGGGUGAUUUUUAUAUAGCUGAAGAGCUAAUGUCUGAAUCUUCUAAAAGUGUAUUGGUUAUAACUGAGAUUUCCCAUAUUACUGCUGGUUUUAUAUGGCUAAAUGGGCAUGUCGACAUAUUGACCUUACUCCAGAAUUUUGAACUGAAACCAUUUGGUAAUCUUAUUAAAUUCAAUCCCAACAAGAGAUUCAAAGAAAAACAAAUAGUUGUAACAACUACAAAAAGGCGUCAUGUCAACAAAUUAUUUGCUCAUGGAGACAUAGAACCUAUAAUAGAAACUUUAGAGAAGGAACUUUCCACUAUAGAUGAAGAAGAAAAUAAAGAUCUUCUUGCCUUCAACAAUGAUGAAUUCAAAAAACGCUCAUUGUAUUUUAAGAAACUUCCAAAAUUCAUUGGAAAACUACAAUCGCAAGACUGUUACAUACAAUUGCGGAAAAGACGUUGUGGAAUCUUUUACAAUAUUCCUGAGGGUAACAACAUCAUCUCAAACUUGGAAUCAGCCUCAAAUGUUUUUGCCAUACACCUUUUCGGCCUUAAAGACUGCCAUGACCUUCGAAGACUUUUUCGAUUUCUACUCACUGCAUUUGGUGCAUUUCCUGAUCGUGAUUAUUGUCUAUUAUCGAUAUCGGUGGCACAGACAAUGACACCCAUUCUAUUUGAGAUGCUGAAGUAUUUUAUACGUGUAGUGCCACAAGCAGGUUGUAAAAUCGAUGAACAUCUCUACAUAACCCAGCGCAGUGCUAUCUAUGGUGAUUUACAACUCUUUCCUGUACGCAAAGAAGAUACUGAAGCUAUUCAACAAUUGCUUAGUAAAGAAACUCCAGAAACCAUGGCCAUGCCACGCAAGAUGUGGCGUCAAUCUCGAAUGUCUACUAUUGCUUCGCGUAUGACAGCAACUACCUCAAAUAUAUACCUCAAUAUCGACAAUGAAAAUCAAAUGCAAUAUGACAUGGAAGUUGUAAUGUCAAUAUUGGAAAAUAUUUUUCAAGAACCUUUUAGCAAAUAUCAAUCUUUUACCAUAAAAUGUGGCGACUCUACCAAAGCUGAGCAAGAAAAUGUCUUGGUGGGUUUUGUCUUAUUGAGACCUUUUAAUUCGAGCUGGUGUCUGGAAGAACAUUUCAUUUUGACUAAGUCCAAAGAGGAGCCUAUGGAUAAUAUAGCAGAGAUAAUGAUUUUUAAAUUACAUCCCCUAUUUCAUUAUCAAGCAGAUGUGAUAUUUCGUGAAUUAGCACGUAUAUCGAAUAAUUGGCAUUUUUAUCAUUUUCGCUCGAAUUUGCGUCAAUGUCUUUCCAAUGACUUCCUUUUAAACAUGCAACCCUUGGAACCUCGACGUAUGAAAAAGCUAUGGUUUACAAAAGGAAAUUCCCAACCAUUGGAUGGCACUGACAAUGCUACUGAAAAUGAUUUACAUACUCCCAUAGAUUUUUUCAAUGAUCAUUUUGCGGCUUUUCAAAAUAAUUUGGGACACUCGACUUAUUUUGGCCACACCAUGAAUAUAGUCAUUUUGGGCUUUACGGAUAUUUGUAAAGCUUUUCUGCGGUUACUGCUGUUCAGUUGGCAUGAAAUGGGAAAUGUCCAAUCCAUCAACAAUUGUUUGCCACACAUUAUGAUAAGCGUAAUUUGCAAUCCUGGCGUCAUGGAAGCUGAAUAUGAAAGUUCUUUUAAAUGUGAAAGCUGUAAAAACCAUGCUGAUUGUUGGGUAAAUUAUCGCAAUUGUGAUGCCUUUGUCAGAGAUGUUACAGAGCGCAUGGAUGUUAGGACUUGGGUGAAAUUUGUGAGCGGCAAAGUCAAAGCUAUAGAUACUGAAAAACAUCUGAUCAAACUGGAAACCAAGUGUGAAAUCUUUUAUGAAACUCUUCUACUAAUGUGCUCCAUUGAAUAUGGAAUUUCCAAGGGCAUGAUAAACACUGAGAAUAUACCUGCCAAUUAUAUCGUAAUCAAUAAUCGCUACGAUAAGCUGUUGUUCUAUCAUAGCUUAAGAAUGUUCCAAAAAGAUGUGUCCUCUAGCCCUAUAACAGUUGUUUACGGCUCUCAUGUGAGAUCAUUUGAAUUUAUAAAUUUUUUACUGAAACAUGGUGUGGAGGCCAGUUGCAUCUCUUUGGUGAUGCCUUAUCAAGUGGCAGAUUCCAAAAAGUGUCGAUUGUUGAAUGAUUCCAGCAUGGAUAUACGCAUCGAGGUGAUCUUAAGAGAGAUGGUUGAAGAUUUGGGUGUUAAAGUGUAUGAGGCUAUGAAUUUGCAGGAGUUGAAACUGCAAGACGAUUUUAGUAACGUAAAGAGUGCAAGCUUCAAAAGUUUCUUGGGUGAUAGAGAACUUACGUUGAUUUGUGAUUUCUUUGUGAGCUAUUGUGAGAAAUAUAUGAGCGAUGAUUUAAUGGAACUUAUUGAAGCAGCUGGUCUGGAAACCAAAGACUCCUUUGUUAUGGUUAAUGAGCAUUAUCGAACCUCUGUUGAUGGUGUCUAUGCCGUUGGAAAUUUCAUAAAGCAUAACAAGGAGCCAAAUCAUCAGUAUCGCUUUGUCAGCCCCCAGGAAGCCGCUGAAAAGUUAAUACUUGCCUUGGAACUUAAUGCCCUGCAAGUUCCCCAUAAGGAGGAUAAAUACUCGAAACCCUAUUAUUUUCAAGCUCAAUUACCCAUGGAGAAUUUCUUCAUUAAGAUAACCAUGCCCAAACGUUAUUUGGCCAAUCAUCUAGACAACGAAUAUGGAUUUCCUUUGAUCACCUAUUAUGAAGGUGAUUUUAGUCGAGUACGUUUGAAUGAACAUGAUAUUGUGGAGGAAAUUGUGAUUGUAACAAAAAAGAACAAAAACUAUGACUUCUUAAAAUUCUUCUGUGGACGUCACGAACUACUGCUUAAUAAUCUGAGAUCUCGUUGGUAUCUCAAAGAAAUUGAUAGCUUUCUGGAAUACUUUCAAGAACCCUGGGUAGAGUUGAUAAUGAAUGACAAUUUCGAAGCACUACAAAAGCUGAAUAAACUUCUAAUACUACCAGCAGCCCAGCAGAUGAUGAAACUGAAAGUGGAUCGUAAUGUGCGUCGUAAGAUAAUGCACAGCUAUUGUCAGGACAUGGGUGUCACAAGUCAAUUGGAAUUUGCAUUUUUGGAAUUUCUUCGAGAGCAUCGCGAUGAGUUCCAAACUGAUAUUGCCCUACCUGAGGAUUUUCCAGGACCUCACAAAUAUUUGGAAUAUUAAAAAUUCAAAUUAUGUAAAAAUAUAUUUUAUGUUAUUUUAUUUUUCAUUAACAACUAAAGCAACAAAUUUAAAAAUAAAAAAAAUUUGA